AUGGCUGGCCCUUCUACAAGUCGUGUGCUGAUGGAGGUCGAACAAGUGACCGUGCUGAACGAAGUAUUGGACGACGAAACCCUAAGUAAUUAUAGUUCCGAUGAUGACAGUGCAUCGGACUAUGAUUAUACACAUCUGGUGCCACCUGAAACCAUCAGUGCUAGUGAAAGGGACAGUGAUCCUGAGGAUAUCAUGGCCCACGAUGGACUGGAAGAGGUGUCCAGGAGAUUUGUGUGGGAAGAUAUCGAUUCGUUUCACGCUUCGCGAGAAUCGUUUUGUGGUGUGUGUGGUCCCCAGUUCGACACUGCCGAACUAGAUGUCAUCAGUGUUUUUGAAAGCAUUUUCGAUAUUUCCCUUGUGCAGCUGAUUGUUGAUGAAACGAACAGGUAUGCUCAACAGGAAAUAUCGAAAAUCGCCAGACCUCUCACAUUUCGCUCUAGGAUUCGGAAGUGGGAAGAUGUGACAGUGGACGAAAUGUACGUGGUUUUGGCACUAAUUAUGUUGACUGGCAUUGAUCAGAGGCCUACAUUGAGGUCUUAUUACUCAAAGAACCGCCUGCUGUUCACUCCGUUUUUUGCAGAGACCUUACCUCUGGAAAGACUUGAGGUCAUAAUGAGAUUUCUGCAUUUUUCGGACAACAGCAAGCAAAAUGAGUACCAAGGCCCUUCCAAACUUUUCAAAAUUUAUCCCGUCAUUCAGCACCUGAGUAGAAAAUUUCAGAUUCUCUAUCUUCCAGGUCACAACAUUGCCAUAGAUGAAUCCUUGACCCUAUGGAAAGGUCGUCUGUCUUUCAAGCAGUACUUGCCACUCAAGGCUGCGAAAUUUGGUAUCAAAACGUUUGAACUCUGCGAGUCUAGUUCUGGUUAUGUUUGGUCCUUUCUUGUCUAUACUGGACAAGGAAUGGAACUAACAAAUCAGUAUGUGACUGCAGAGACAAACAAAACUACAGCAAUUGUAGUAACACUCUUAGAAAAUCUUCUGGGUCGCAGACACACAGUGUGGAUGGAUAAUUUUUAUAACUCCCCUGUUUUGGCUCGUAUCUUGAAGUCUUCUUGA